AUGGCCGACUCAGCUUCGCAGACUGCAGCUGGCUAUGACCACCACAAUCUGCGCCAUGUUGUUAUCACAUCGACCUGCUUCGCCUUCAUCCUUUCUACGGUGGCGGUUGGAUUUCGAGUCAUCUCACGGAAAUUGAAUGGAACUGGUCUAUACCUCGAUGACUUCCUAAUUAUAGGAGCUCUGUUUUUCGAAUAUGGAAUUUCUAUCGCUGGAGUUGUUUUACUCUAUAAUGGACUUGGAACACAUAUUGUUUACGUGAAGCCCGAACAGUUGGUUGUCUACUUGAAGACCCUCUUUACCGGCUCGAUCCUCUACACCUGCUGCAUUGGCUGCAUCAAACUUUCAAUUCUCAUGCUCUAUCGGCGAUUAUUCCCCGUUAAGAGUAUGAAAAUUAUGGUCUGGAUCGUCUCCGCUAUCGUCGUCCUAUGGGCCUUUGGUGGUAUCCUGGUGGGCUGCUUCACCUGCAUACCGACGGAGAAGCUGUGGCACCCUAUGAUACCCGGAGGUUGCUUAAACAUGGGCAAAUUUUAUUAUGGACUCCAGAUCCCCAACAUUGCGACGGAUGCAAUGAUUUUAUUCAUGCCCAUGCACACUGUCUGGAAACUACCUAUCUCCCGUGCCCAGAAGGUUGGCCUGUCGGGUAUCUUCGUCGUCGGAUUAUUGACCCUUGUGUUUGAUAUCGUUCGUCUCGUUUCACUCAUCGAACUUUCCGAGGCGGGCGAUGAUAUUACCUACACUCAGGUCAACCCAAGUGUCUGGACAUGCAUUGAGCCGGCCGUCGGUAUCGUCGCUGCCUGCUUGUCUAACAUGCGACCCUUGUUCAAAGUCAUGCACGAAAGAGUCUGGUCACGCUAUGUCUCGACUAAUGCUAGUAGCCGGGACGAUUUCGUUGAGAAGAACAAUGAAAAAUCAUCUUGGACUCGCGACACACCCAGUCCUAAUGGUACAACUGUGCACACUGCUACUAGCACCACUCUCUCGAACGAGGAAACUCGUCACCCCGAUAGCCCGGCAUGA